ACGUUAUCUCAGACCCCGCAGCGCUUUUACCAACGCUAUUACCAUUUAGGCUCACUCUCUCUAUAGAGGAGCUGACAAAUCCGAGCACAGUCGCUCGGAACGUAGCCAGGGGUCACACAAAGGUCCCGCGACCACAGAAUCACUUCAUGUUGUACAAGCGCGACUAUAUCGCAAGGUUGCGGGCCCAAGGAGUAAAUUUUAAAGUCACUCGAAUGACCGAAGUUACCCGACAGAUCAGUGAGUCGUGGAAAAAAGAACGUGGGGCGGUCAGGCAAUUUUUUUGUAUCCUCGGAAACAUUGCCAAAGAAAUUCACAAACAAAAGUAUCCGAAAUACAUAUUUUGCCCCAAGAGAAUGCGCAACGGCUCGAAGAAAAAAAGCGCAAAAAAAGAAACGGCUGCAAGCGAGGAGAUUACGGCUGCACCGAACAGCAAUGACGCAGCAGUAGAAGAAGACAAUAUUUAUUAUGGCAUGAAAGCAUUAUUCAGUUUCAAGAACUGCAAACCUUUGAACCAAAUAUCGUUUACUCGUUAA